AUGCAAAUUGAUCCAUUCUUAUCUUCUUGUACAAAUCUCAAGUCCACGUUGAUCAAGACCUUCUACAUAAAACUAGAUAUGCUGAACCUAAUGGUAGAGGAAGUGGGAAAGAGCCUUGGACACAACAGCACAGGGGAAAUUUUCCUGAACAGGAUACCAAUGGCUCAGGAUCUCUUGCUACAGACACCAAACCCAGAUACUGUUGCUGAUGCCAAGAAAGACGUGCUGACAGGAUCCUGCAAUGAUAAUAAUGAUGGUGAUGGUGAUGAUGAUGAUGAUGGUGAUGAUGAUGAUGGUGAUGAUGAUGAUGAUGAUAGUAAUAAUAUGUUGGGCAAUGCAAUCCAACAGAAGGAAAAGAGUUCUAAGAGCAGGCACAAGAAUCAGAGGCACAUUCACUCACACACUUAA